AGGGUUACCGAAGGGCCAUGCAGGAAAUUCUUGCCUUGAAGUGAGCUCAACAUCAGCAUGUACGGUACUGUGAGAACGAAGCUGCCGGUGUCAGAGGUGGAGGAUGGUGUUGCGGUCAGAGUGCGAGUCUUAGUGGGGACGGCAUUGCUUGUCGCCAUGGCUGGAGUUUGUCUACUUGUACUUGUGGUGACCCAAGUCCCUCCAGCGCUGCUCCAUCACUCCAUGGUUAGCGUCGGGAUGAUUGACAAGUUUUUGAAGGCCCAGCAGCAGCUGGACGCAGCUCCUUCCAUGUCCGAGCGCCUCAAGGAAUUGAUUGCAAGCAACAAGGCGGCAGGAGACAGGCUGGCUGCUGCAAUGGAAGCGCGAGGAGGAGCAGGAGAAGCGGGAGCCGGUGGGCUGGCCCUUAACGCAGACGUGGCGAAUGCCAUGAAGGCUGCAGAUGCUGCGAUCAGGGAGGCAGGACUUCCAUCGCGGAAGAGGCUUCUUGGUCGGACGAGGAGCAAGCAGCUCGAGUCUAUCAUGUCCGAGGGUGAGUUGCCGUCUUCGAGCAACGUCAUCUCCUUGCGCAGGAGCGUCAGAAGCUCCGAGCGAGAGCUCGCGGAUGUCUUGGCGGGGCAAGUGGGUGGAAGGCAAAGCCGCACAAACAUGGGGCUGGACAAACUCGCGCUGGACAGCGUGAGCGAGGGCAUGGCGCUGGGACUGUCUGCUCAAGCUCGCAACCCCGUGACAGGAGAGGACACUGGGUCCCUCCUUCUGCCUCCCUCGCGCGAUGCGGAUCAGCUGGCUGCGAGGGAGCUCAGGAAGGUUGCAGACGGAAAGAUGCGGGGGGGAGGGAGCGUGUUGUCCCUGGUUGAUGCUGAUCACUAGGAAUAAAAGCUGUAAUUUU